CUAUAUUGUUGCCAAGCUGGAUGGCCUUUGUGGCUUCCCGUCCUAUUCCCCAGCGCGACGUGUACACCUUCCAAGACGCCAUCACCGCUUGUCAUCAUGCACAAGGGCUCUCAUACCGUCAUGGACGACUCUCCUGCUGUUCCUGCGGGCGUAUGGUGUCCCGUGGUGACGCUGUACAAGGACUCGCCGCGACAGGAGCUCGACCUCGAAGCCAUGCACACGUACUUUACGCACCUGAUAUCCAGCGGCGUCAACGGCCUCGUGCUGCAGGGCUCGACGGCAGAAGCCGCUCUCCUACUGCCCGAAGAGCGAGUGGCCAUCACUCGCACCGCACGCAAGGCCGCAGCCGACCUCGGGGUCCCCAAGUUCCCACUCGCCGCCGGCGUCAGCGGCCAGUCGACUGUCGAGACAUUCAGGCUCCUUGACGACGCGACUGAGGCAGGCGCCGACUUUGGGCUGCUUCUGCCGCCGAGCUACUGGCCCAAGGCUAUCACCAACAAGGACAUUGUCCAGUUCUACAGAGAGGUUGCAGACCAUAGCCACAUCCCCAUAAUUGUGUACAACUUCCCCGGUGUCACCGCUGGUAUCGACCUCGGCGUGGACGUGCUCUCAGAGCUGGCGGUGCACCCCAAUAUCGCGGGCGUCAAGCUGACAUGCGCCAACGCGGGCAAGGUGUCGUGCCUGACGGCGCGCUUCCGGCCAUCACAGUUUGCCGUCUUCUCGGGACAAUCCGACUGGCUGCUGCCGUGCCUCGUCGCGGGAGGCGUGGGGUGCGUGACGGGUAUUGGCAAUGUGUUUCCCCGUGCCGUUGCCGAGCUGUACGCGUUGUGGCAGGCUGGGCGUACUGCCGAGGCCCGUGACCUGCAGGGCAAGGUCGCCCUGGCCGAGCUCGCGUGCAAGAAGGGUCUCGCUGCCACAAAAUGCGGCGCCGCACACUUCAUCGGCCGCCGCCUCGGGCUGACGGCGCCGGCCACCUUCUACCCGCGCAAGCCCUACAGUCCGGCCUCGGCCGACCUGCAGGCUGCCACUCUAGGCAUGAUGGGUGUCCUUGAAUUAUUCGACCUUGCCCUGCCACGCCAGAUUAACUCCUCCGUGCCGAAGGCGUCGUCGUCGUCGUCGAAGCCCAGAACUCACUUCACACUCAACACGGGUGCCGAGAUUCCCGCUGUGGGCUUUGGCACGUGGAAGGCAGCGCCUGGUAGUGCGGCGACAGCAGUGGGGGCUGCUUUCGAGGCCGGCUACCGACACUUUGACUGCGCACCGCUCUACGGCAACGAGGCCGAGAUCGGAGACGUUUUCCGGGCGGCGGCGGUACCACGGGCUGAGUAUUUCGUGACGACAAAGCUGUGGUCGUCGGAUCACCGGCGGGCGUCGGCCGCGCUCGACACCUCACUAAGGGACCUGGGCCUCGACUAUGUCGACCUGUGGCUGAUGCACUGGCCGGUGACGCUGCCGCCCGGAGCCGAGUAUGGCAAGGAGGACCGGACGGUGCACGACCCGGACUGGGACUUCUGCGACACAUGGCGCGAGAUGGAGCGCAUCUUGAAGGACGGGUCGGGCCGGGUGCGCGCCAUCGGCGUGGCCAACUUCUCGACCGUCAACCUCGAGAAGCUGCUGGCCUCGAACCCGGCCGUCGUGCCCGCCGUCAACCAAACAGAACUACAACCCCUGCUGCCCCAGGCCAAGCUGCACCGCUUCUGCGCAGACCGCGGUAUUCACCAGACCGCCUUUGGGCCGCUCGGCGGCACGGGGAGCACCCUGCACGACGAGCCUGCCAUUGUGGAUAUUGCCCGUGCUCGCGGCGUGUCGACGGGCAAUGUCAUGCUCAGCUGGGGUCUGGCCAAGGGCUGGAGUGUCAUUCCCAAGAGCGUCACACCCGCCCGCAUCACCGCCAAUCUCCGCGACAACUUUGUUCUGACAGACGAUGAGAUGAAGCGCAUCGAUGAGCUGGUCGUGGCGGGGGCCAAGCGUUUUAAUCGGCCAAACUGGGGCACCACAGUCUUUCAUGAUGAUGCCGACGAUGUAAAAUAGAACGAAAGGGUUGCUCGGACUUGGGACGGGCCUAGAGGUGACUGUCUGGUCUAGUUUUGCUAGCAAAAGCAAAGUCAGAAAGUUGAUAAAAUUUCAGUAGAAUGCUUCCA